CCAUCAAUACAUCCAUCCAUUCCAUCCAUGCGCAUAACCAUCCAUCCAUCCAUCUCCGUCCGUUCCGUUUGUCGUCCUCCGUCCAUCCAUCAUACCAUCCAUCUAUCCAUCAUCCAUACAUUCAUGCCCCGCCCUGCGCCGCGCGCGCCCGCCGCCGCCCAUAAAUCCAUCCCAUCCACCAUCCAUUCA